AGAUGGCGCUAGAGUCUCAAGUCGGCGCGAAAAAGCUCAGUCAGCGUGGCUUUCAUUUACUCCUUGGAAUUUACCUCUGUAGAAGCUACGUUUCCUUUGUUGGUAACUCAUCACAUAGCGAGAUGUAGUCGGUAAUAUGUAAUGCCCACGAACAUUGCACAAAUAGGUUAUGUGUCCGGAAGUAGAAGCACGGUCCCAGUACCACCAUGGCUGGACCAGUUUCAGAGUUUGUGGUGGGAUGGAAUGUUGUCCAGACCUUGGGAGAAGGAGCAUUUGGAGAGGUCAAGUUAUUAAUCAACCAAGACACUGGCGAAGCUGUUGCCAUGAAGAUGGUGGACCUGGUGAAACAUAAUGAUGCAGCAAAUGCUGUAAGAAAGGAAAUGUGCUUACAUCGUAUGCUGAAGAACCCCCACAUCAUCAAGUUUUACGGAAGCCGACGAGAAAACUCGAUGCAGUAUAUGUUCCUGGAAUAUGCAGCAGGAGGAGAGCUUUUUGAUCGUAUCGAGCCAGACAUUGGCAUGCCCUCCCAUCAGGCACAGAAGUAUUUCAGGGAACUUAUUAGUGGAGUGGAAUACUUGCAUAGCCGAGGAGUUACCCAUCGUGAUAUCAAACCAGAGAAUUUAUUGCUGGAUGAAAAUGACCACCUGAAGAUAACAGACUUUGGAAUGGCCACUUUAUUUAGACACCAGGGAAAGGAGAGAGAUUUAGAUCGACAAUGUGGGACAAAACCAUAUAUGGCCCCUGAAGUACUCCUGCGUCCAUACAGUGCAGAGCCAGCAGACAUCUGGUCGUGUGGUGUUGUUCUUGUGGCUCUACUGGCAGGUGAAUUGCCCUGGGAUGAACCAACUUUCUCUUGUCCUGAAUACACAGCUUGGAAAGACAAGGAUUGUCACUUGUUCACUACCACUCCCUGGACCAAGAUUGAUAAUUUAGCACUCUCUCUUUUGAGAAAGGUACUUAACACUGUACCAAGACACAGAGCAACCAUAAGUCAGGUGAAGGUUCAUCAGUGGUUUACCAAAAAUUUCCACAAGAUUACAGGUUCAGUGCAAAAUGAAAACACUACUCCAUCUAGCAAAAGAGUGUGCAGCGAGUUAGAACGGACCAAUACAGCUUUUGAUGACAUCUCCUUGCGUUUGGCAUGUUCACAGCCUGAGGCGACAACCCCUGCUACUAUAGAUACUGUUGUUGUUGGAGCAAAUAUGGAUUUGGGAGUAGUAAGCUUUUCUCAGCCUGCACAGCCUGACCAAUUGCUGCUAUCACAAUUAACCCAAGGAACACAGGCCAGUCAAACUCCACUACAACGCUUGGUUAAACGAAUGACCAGAAUACUGGUGAGAACUACUCUUGAAGACACCAUAACUCAUCUGGAGGCGCUCUUCAACAAAAUGAAUUAUACCUACCGCUGUCUUACUGCUAACGUUUUGACUGUUACAACAUUAGACCGUCGUGGAGCCCAGCUAGUCCUGAAGGCCAGUGUACUAGAUAUGGGACAGCAUAUCCUUGUUGACUUUCGCUUGUCUAAAGGAUGUGGUUUAGAUUUCAAGCGUCAUUUUCUACGCAUUAAAGAAGGCCUCUCACACAUCAUUGUGAAAGGAUCAGUGGCAUGUAACAGGGCUUUGGCCACCAAUAUGCUUCCUGCAUGAUUACCAGUGAUUGUUACCUUAUCUUCAUGAUCAAUUAUUCAGUUAACUUUUUUAAAUAGCGAAGUUUUGUGUGUGUGUGUAAGUGCAUGCAUGUGCGUGUGACUGAGUGUGUGCAUAUACAGUAGUUUUGACAAGAUCCAGCUAACAUUUUAGUUUUAAUAAAUCGGGAAAGCAAGAUUAGAAUAAAUAAUAAAUUUAAAUUGAUGAAGUUACCUUUAGCAUGGAACAAAAGCCAAAGUUUUUGGGCUAUAAUUUUUUUUUUAAUAGACUUAAGGAAAGUUAAAAACUUACCAAUAGAUUAAUGAACAUUCAUGUCCAGCUGUGGUAGGAAUUAGUGUUCACAUUGCCCUGCAAGAUAAAUGGGAGUGCCCAUCACAUGGUUGUGCUGCAGUUGUAAGAAGAGCCUUGCUCAGUCCAGGCCACUCUAUACUCUUGCAGGCAGAAUUCUAGUCUUUCACUGAUGGGUGCUUUCUUUUUCAUGGGUGUUUUCAUCAAAAUUGAUUUUGUUUUACAUUCCAUUUUUGUGUAGACACUAGUGGUAUUACUUAAGUUUUACUACUUAAUAUUGGCUGGCUUGAAAAAUAAAUUUUAUUUUAU